AUGCAACAUCAGUCUUCCUCGUGGGACAAUCUUCGAUUGAAUGCUCGACGACACGGACAUGAAGAAAAGGUUGUGCCUAAUAUACGACGAUUAAUUGAUGGAAUGCUUGCUCGUUAUUCGUCAGAUUUUGUUGUAUUUCGAGAGCUCAUACAGAAUGCAGAUGAUGCUAGAGCUACAUUCUAUGAAUUAGAAUUGAAAUGCAACACUCUUUCGUCAUCAUUUCAAGAGAUGGACUUUCACAGUGGGGAAGUUACCGAAAUUUGCACUAAAAACAAUGGUCAGAUAUUCACUGAGGCUGAUUGGAAACGCGUGUCUGCCAUUGCCGAAGGGAAUACAGAUGUCGCAUCAAUAGGCCAAUUUGGUGUUGGAUUUUACUCCGUGUUUUCAUACACUGAAGAGCCAAUGAUCCUAUCAGGAGAAGAGUACAUGCUAUUUGUUUGGCACGAUGAUGUUUUAAGGACACUGCGUCAUAAACUACCCGUUGAACAACAAUCCAAAGUAACUUCGAUUAUUCUGAAAAUGAAAAAUAGACAUGUUCUUGAAGUUGUAUCGAGCUUAAAUAAGGAUAGAACAGUAGAAACGCAGAAUAGAAAAAAAAGUAAUGACGACAUGCCGGCAAUCGAUUUGUUUCAACUCAAAGCUUAUUUUGCUAGAGUACUUUCAUUUACAAGACAUAUUGUUAAUCUUGUCAUCAAAAUCAACAGUGUAACAGUAUUUAAAAUAUCCAAAACACAAUCGAUCGUGCCAUCUAUUCAAGGCAUGUUGGCAUUUAAACCACAAUCUUCAAUGAACAAUAUACUUUCACUUGAUUCAUUGGUACACACCAAACAAACAUUUACCAUUAGGAACGGCCCAUCGAUCACUCUCGGUCAUGUUACUCUUGAAGCACAACUAACUGUUAACAAACAAUUAUAUAACACUAUUCAGGAGAUUUUGAAGAAGCCUUUACCAUCCAUCGUUCAUAUUCAAAUAUUGUUUGUACCGACGAAUGUUAUCAUCGAACAACAACAAUUAGAAUUAUCAACAACAAGAAAUGAUCUUAAUAUUCAAAUUCUAAAUUCAAUACUACCUCUUAAAUUUCAGGGUCAUGAAAUUCAUCCGUCAGGUUUUAUAUUUAUUGGCCUUGGAACAUAUCAAUCCACUGGUAUUGGAAUGCAUGUUUAUAGUCAUUUAAUACCAACCAUUGAACGCGAAAAUCUUGAUCUUCAAAAUCCGUAUAUUGCAAAAUGGAAUAAAGAACUUCUCACAUCCGCUGGACUAAUCAUUCGACAUAUCUAUAACCAGACAAUACUUAAUAGCUCACAGAGUACCUCAAAUAAAUGUUAUAAUGCUAUCCUUGCGCCAUAUUCAUUUCAACCAUCGACGCCACAGGAACAAAUAGCAUCGAAUAAAAAAAUUCUCGUACCGGUCAAAUUAUCACCGUCCGAUUGUCAUCUUGUACUCGUAUCAUCCAAUCAAGCUUUUCUCGCUGAUUCAAAACAUAUACAUUCAUUUCUUUCAUUUCCACUUGUACCAUUGGAAAUUACUAAAAUUGGUUUUUUCACAGUUCUUAAACGAUUUAAAUUAAUCAAUAAUGCAGAUGAAUACAUCAUCGAAGAUCAACUCGCUUCAUCCAUUCUCUUACCUAUCGAAUUAAUUGCCUUAUUAAAUUGGUUAUGUAGUAACGAAGUGUGCAGCAAUGAUUAUAUUAGACGAGUGCUUUCCAUCGUUUGUUUCCGUGAAGAUAUGAAGUCACCAAUUAUUUCAUUGGGAAAAGUGAAAUACUAUAAUGCUUCAAACAUUCCCUCAGUUCUUCCUCUACCACCUAAUAUUUUACCGAUGACUAUAGCUAGUCAUUUUUCUCGAGAACAACUACAGAACAAUUUCUUUCUUUCACCAUGUUCUUUCACGAAACUGAUUAAUUUUUAUUUAAAUGAAAAUCAACAUUAUUUACUUCAAAAUGACAAAACAGCAGAAUGUUUGCUUAGUCUUUUCUCACAGGAACUAAGUCAAUUUUCGAAACUAGAAUCGAAACAGAUACAAAAUGUUCUUUCCACGAUUGAAUGUAUAUCAACAACACAAGGCAUGAAACUACCAAGUCAAGCAUAUAUUCCAUCAUCGUUUCUAACACCGGAGUUGCCUGUCAUUACACUCAAUCUAUCAUCGAAUAUUGAGAAAAGUAGAAGAAUAAAUUAUAAACAUCAGGAUGUUAAUCUUGUCUCAGAUGACUUUCUCAAACAUAUUGGAUGUCGUAUUUUAAAUAUUAAGGGUAUUGUGGAUGGUAUUACGGCGGCACCAAAUCGUGAAAAUAUGCAAAUAUUAAUUGACACUUUGAUAAAAGAACGAAACAAUAUGAGCGAUUCAGAUUUCAAUGAAUUAAAACAUAGCAAAUUUCUCAUAGGAACAACAUUAAAAUCGACUGAACGUCCAGUGACAUGGUAUAGUCCUGAAGAGCUCCAUUUUCCAAUUGUUGCCGAAGAGUUGAAAUGGCGUACGUUACUCAUCAUCGAUUGGCAUGAUGUACAUAUUCACUCAGCUGAGUAUGUCUUCCUAAAGGAACUCGGUGUACGUGAAGUGCCUGAUUUGAAUAAGUUAAUGGAUCGAAUUAUUGAAGAACACGAUAGUACACAACGUUCAUACAUGAGAACAAAAAAAAGUUAUAGGCUACCAAUCGCACUUCAAUUUUUCGCCAAAAAUUUUCAAAAGCAUUACUUCACAUUAUGGGAAACGAGCAAUCCAAAACAAGCAUUUCUUCCAUCACGCUUACCAACAGAGAACAACUACGAAAAUGUAGUUCUGUCUUCUCCAGACAAAGUUGUUACAGACACAAACCCAUUGUGUGCUACUCUUCUGCCCGAAGUGACUAAAUUAUUCAAUAAGCAUUUUAAAAUAUCGUUGUUGGGUAUCAAGACACACCCUACAUUACCACAAGCGUUUGAUAUUCUCAUGGAACGCAAAAAUGAAUUGUUCAUGCUUGAAUGGGCUCGUGAGAUUUUUGCUUAUUUAAACGGUCUCGAUGGUCUAAAUCAACAAUUUAUUAAGCACUUGUCCAAUAUUGCUUUCAUUCCUGUACCAGGCACUUCUACAUUUAUGAAACCAUCGGAAGUCUUUAUCCGUUCGAACGUUCAAAAACUGGCAAUUGAAUCAAGUCAAAAUUUCGAAACUCAAACUCUUGACAACAUCAAUACGAGUGGUCUGAUCGACUUUGUUGAUUUCGGGCUAAAGGGCAACAGUUUCCUUUUGAGUGUCGGAGUUCUUCAUGAUCCAACAUCUUCAAUAGUUGCCGAGUUGCUAAUAAAUCGACAAGCGAAGUACUUUGCAAAUUUUACAGAAGACAAUAAGAUUUUGAAAGGCAAGAUACAUAUUUACAUACAAUAUCUCAAACAACUGGCAGUUGCUGCUAGUUGUACCUCUGAACUUCACCAGGAGCCACUUCAAACACGACUAAAAAAUGAACCAUGGUGUCUUGGUUUUCGAUUAAUUGAGCUUAGCGAGAAUGAUACGCAGGAAAAACCUGAAAUUGUGAGACCAAUGGAAAUUUACCUUGAUGACGAUCAUCAAUGUGCUGUCAAUUAUAAACCAUUGUGUUCUCCGGAUGAUCCAGCAUUGCUUAAAUUAUACAAAACAUUUGGAGCUAAGUGGCUAUCAGAUUGUGUACAUCGACAGUUAGUUCAUACAGGCAAGUUGAAGAUUAUCUUGUAG